UCCUCGAUGGUUAUCUGCCACUAGUCAGUGUAGUCCCAGCAGUAGGUACGCAAGCGACGUCCGGCGUCGUCACAAGUGGUCUCUAGACGCGCGAUAUCUCAGAGACGCAUUUCCGUCGGGACGUCCCGACAGUCCACGAGGACGCGCACGUCAAUCCUGAGGAGGUUUCCUGAGGGUCGAAACGCGGUGUCGCGGCGCGGUUGUGUUUGUGAGCAACGGUUUAUGAGGCGUCUCGAGGCACUUUGAGACGUCGCUCGAGGGACUUGCAGUUUGACAGUUGUGGAGAUUGAAGGUUAGGUUAGUUAUUUGCAUGCUGUGACGAUUUGUUUGUUUUGCGACGCGAAAGGGGAUGUGUGAGAGUCGAAUAAAGAAUUUGAUUAGUUGAAAUUAUUUAUGUGAGAGAAGAAUACGAUAGGAAAACGUUAAGAAACAGAUAACGACAAUUUAGACAGAAGUAGUGUUCUCAAAUCUGCGAAUUUCGUUAAAUGGUUCUCUCAGCCGUCAAAACGCGGUCGGACGAGUCUCUAACCCCCUCAGAGCGCUCGGGCUCGGGAGGCUACCCCACGACGUCCCCUUGGCCGGCCCUGUCGCUGCCAGCCCCCGAACUGGACCCGGUAGCCGCCGCCUGGGGUAGAAAGCUCUACUCCGGUUCUGCGGGCGCUGGUCCGAGGGUAGCGGCCGGUCCUGGACUAAUGUUCGGGCUGCAUCACCACCAAGACCAUGCCACCGGGGGGCUGCAUCACCACCAUCAGCCCAGAGGGCCCAGCCUCAAGGAGGAACCCCUGUCCAGCACCAGGGCAUGGAUGCAGCCUUCUGUGCAGGAUCAGAGUGGAAUUGGUGUUGGCAGAGCCCAUUUCGAGAAACAGCCACCUUCUAAUCUCAGAAAAUCGAACUUCUUCCACUUCGUUAUCGCCCUCUACGACAGAUCCGGACAACCUGUUGAAAUUGAGAGGACAGCUUUCAUUGGUUUCAUCGAAAAAGAUCAGGAAAGUGAUGGUCAAAAAACAAAUAAUGGGAUACAGUACAGGUUGCAACUUUUGUACUCCAAUGGUGUUCGACAAGAACAGGAUAUCUUCGUCAGACUCAUAGAUUCUGUCACAAAACAGGCUAUAAUUUACGAGGGACAAGAUAAAAAUCCAGAAAUGUGUCGAGUCCUCUUGACCCAUGAGAUAAUGUGCAGUCGAUGCUGUGACAAGAAAAGUUGUGGAAAUAGAAAUGAAACACCGUCAGACCCUGUGAUAAUAGACAGAUUUUUUUUGAAGUUCUUCCUCAAGUGCAAUCAGAACUGCCUCAAGAACGCUGGAAAUCCAAGGGAUAUGCGCAGAUUUCAGGUUGUCAUAGCAACUCAAGUGUCAGUAGAUGGACCACUCCUAGCAAUUUCCGACAACAUGUUCGUACACAACAACUCCAAACACGGAAGGAGGGCGAAAAGAAUGGAUCCAUCAGAAGGUGAGGAUUUCCUUGUUUACCUAGGUCAAUUUCCAGGACUGUACCCGCCUCUCCCCGUAGCGACACCCUGUAUAAAGGCCAUAAGCCCGAGCGAGGGUUGGACAGCGGGAGGAUCCACCGUCAUCAUUGUCGGCGACAACUUUUUCGACGGCCUUCAAGUAGUCUUCGGAACGAUGUUGGUAUGGAGCGAGUUGAUAACGCCGCAUGCCAUAAGGGUCCAAACGCCACCAAGACAUAUACCUGGAGUUGUCGAAGUGACACUGUCCUACAAGUCGAAGCAGUUUUGUAAAGGCGCACCAGGUCGUUUCGUAUACGUAUCUCUGAACGAACCUACGAUAGACUACGGCUUCCAGAGGCUCCAGAAACUUAUACCAAGGCAUCCAGGCGAUCCUGAGAAACUUCCUAAGGAAAUCAUCCUUAAGAGGGCUGCAGAUCUCGCGGAAGCCUUAUAUUCUAUGCCGAGGAAUAACCAACUGACCCUUGGCGGUCCCAGAUCUCCAUCCAUGGCGAAUAAUGGGAUGUCAUCGGCCACGUUUAACGCGUAUGCAGGACAAUUGGCUGUCAGCGUUCAGGAGAGUGGAAACGGUCAGUGGACUGAAGACGAGUACGGAAGGGCACAGAGUAGCAGCGUGUCGCCUAGGGGGGGUGGUUAUUGCUCUAGUGCUUCCACACCACACUCGUCCAACGGUGGCUCGUUCGUGAACGGCGCCUAUGGAGGAUCCACGCCCACUAGUACGCCGCUGAACACCUCCAACAUGCUGCCAGGAUCCCCGUCCACUGGGAUCUUCAAUUCCGUACCCAUCUCAACUGAAGCGGGUCACUACCAUUUCGGCCUUCACUACACCAGCAACAACAACAACAAUAACAACAACGAUACCACGACCACCGUCAAGUCCGAAACGUCGGACAAGGAGAAGAGCGCCUUCGCCCCCGUCAUCAGGGCAGGCUGCGACGUGUCCCCCUCCACCAGCACCCGCACCCCCGCCCCGGCGCUGUUUCACCACCAGCCCAUAACCGGUUGGCACCAUUUGGCAGCCGUACAAUGUUAGUAUAUUAUUUUAUUA